CACUAUUCGGCUCAAUCACGCUUCCGGCACGCUCCAGCUUAAUCGGAAAACGACGUCGUUUCCGGCGGAUCAAAAGCACACGCCCUAGAAUCCCACUACGGCCACAUUCACCUUCUGUUCUCUCGCUACUCUGCCGCGGCAACCAUCGUAUGACUAGGCGCUGAACGUGACGAUUUCUCAGGAUUUGAAUCGAACGCCACUGCGAUCAUCUCUUCGUUUUCAAAGCCAGUUGAAUUUGAAAUUCUUCUGGUGGCUGUUUCAAAGUGCAAUAACUGGUCCAAAAUCUUUUGAUGUAAAAGAUGCCUCACAGAACCCGUCCAAUGACAGCGCUCUUGGUUUUCACUGGACUCAAUUUUGUUUUGGUCUCAACCAUCACUCCAGUUUAUGAUUUCGUGUGUUUCCUUCCCUAUUGGGAAAGAAGGAGAGAAAGGCUUCAUCUGGAACAUGAAGCUGCUUUGGCAAAGGGUUCAAGGUCUUCAUAAGAAUGUGUUUGAAAACAGAUCUACUGGAUGAUCAGUUCUGUUAUUUCAGUAUAUCUUCAAUGGUAAAGAUUAAAGAUAAUAUAUGUUAAGUGGAUUCUGCGCAGAUACUUGAAUAUACAACUAACAAAAAACUACUAAUAAGAUCCAAAAGAAUUGUUAGUGCUAAAAGUAUGCAUUAAGCAGACAUAUCUUUCAAGUGAAUUUCAGCAACAGCAUGUUAGUUGGAAAAACCAAGCACACAAAGCCCAGUUUUCUCUUAUCUGCCUCUUAUUUGUCUAAGUUUCUGAUUCCUUCCACAAAACCAAAGACUUCUUCCGUACCUCUGAUUCAAACCAUAAUACCCCUACCACAGCCAUGCUACCCAAGUAUUUCUCUGGAUUCUGUCACCUACACAAAGUUGAUCCAGUCCUCUUCCAAAUCAGGGUCUUCAAUCCUUGGCAGGCUUGCUCAUGCCCACAUUGUCAAGAGUUCCUUUCAACCAUGUCUGUUCUUGCUAAACAACCUUCUUAAUAUGUACUGUAAGUGUGGAGAAAUGGAGUUUGCUCACCAUUUGUUUGAUAGGAUGCCUAAGCAGAAUGUGGUUUCAUUUAAUUCUUUAAUAUCUGGGUAUGCCCAGAAGGGAUUCCAUGAUCAUGUUAUGAAUGUUUUUGCUGAAGCAAGACUUGCUGGUUUAAAGCUCGACAAGUUCACUUUUGCUGGUGCCUUAAGUGUGUGUGUUCAAUCUGGUGACAUUGAGUUGGGUAAGUUGAUUCAUGGAUUAAUUAUUGUAUAUGGAUUAGCUAAGCAAGUUUUCUUAACGAAUUUGCUGAUUGAUAUGUACAGUAGAUGUGGACAUAUUGACCAGGCU